GCCAGGACUGUUUAGACACACUAAAGGACAGGACAUUGGACCGUUGAGGACUUUAGGAAAUGGUAUUUAUGCCUUGUCCCCAUUUAGUAGGACCGAGCUGCGUUGGCACGACUUUACGAAUUCCCCAGCGUUCCGGAAGAGGGCACCGAACAACGGUGAGACACAGUAUGUAGCAUCUAGAUAUGCGUCGCAAAUGGAUUUAGAAAUUCAACGAGCGCUUGACCAAACUGCACAAGUUAUGGAUGUUGAACGUUUUUUAAUGUCCCGUUACGGGCCGUCGCGGUAUUUGUUUCGGAAGAGCACGAUGUUUGAUUUGAUUACAGUGGCAGCCACCAUGAAGGAGGAUAAUCAAAAGGCUAAUAAGCGUAAGAAUCAGAUUUUGCGUGAGGGUGCUAUGACUUCUAUUAAGGCGGUGAUAUAUACAUUGUAUGAUGAAUUGAGGGGUUUUACUGAGUCUGUGCGGUCACCAGUGCUAGGAAAUGGUAGGUUGCGGGGUGCGUGUUUGGUUAUUGAGUUGCCCCAACAGGAACCAGUCACCCAGCAACAGAGUUCAGUACGCCAGAGUGAGGCACCGGGAGGAGUUCAUUUUUCUCAAUCAGCAGGAUCAACUCAGCCACAACAGGGUGCACAGCAUAAGGCACUGAGUGGAUCGCGGGGUGCACAGCAGAGGGCACACAGCGAUCGAGAUGAAGUUGAUCGAGGGCGAUAA